UUCCUUGUCUCUCUCUUUCGUAACCGUCAACUCUUCCUCGUUCUGCUUCCCCUGAACAAGACUCAUCAAUAGUUCAGAGGGGCACACGCCCUCCCUCAUUUUGUAAUAUGGUGUCUAGCGAUCGAGCCUCAGGUUGACCACCACAUUCUUGUUCUUCUCCUCUCUUGCUCUUCCCCCACCCCUUGCUAUAGUCGUUUUGAGUUGCUCCUUGCAAUCCGUAAGAUGUGAAACCCGCGGAAACUCACAUUCACAUCUCGCAAUUUCUUUGAUACUCGCCCCUCAAGUUUGAGAAUUGGUUUCCACGAAACCUUGUCCUUUAGUAGGCGUCGCGCGCACAUGAAGGAUCCGCCAGAUCGCACCAAGGUGGUGCUCAGGCACUUGCCGCCGUGGAUCUCCCAGGCUCUGCUGAUUGAGAAGGUUGACUCCGGCUUCACCGGCCGGUACCGGUGGGCCGCCUUUCGCCCCGGAAAAAUCAGCCAUAAGCACAUGCAAUGUGGUCGAGCUUAUAUUGAUUUUAAAAGACCUGAAGAUGUUCUAGAGUUUGCUGAGUUCUUUGAUGGUCAUGUUUUUGUUGAUGAGAAAGGCACUCGGUUUCAGACAGUUGUUGAAUAUGCUCCUUCACAACGUGUUCCAAAGUCAUGGUCGAAAAAGGAUGGUCGUGAAGGGACCAUUUUGAAAGACCCAGAAUAUUUGGAGUUCCUAGAAAUGCUUGCAAAGCCAGUCGAGAAUCUUCCAAGUGCAGAGAUACAGCUUGAAAGAAGAGAAGCAGGACGAGCUAGUGGAGCCAAGGAGACACUCAUCGUUACUCCUCUUAUGGAGUUUGUGCGACAGAAAAGAGCUGCCAAGAAUGGGUCUCAGAGAAAAUCAUCCAAUGGCAAGCUUGGUGGACGAACUGGUCGAGUUUCAAGUGCUACUUCUCAUAAGAGAGGGCCUGAUAAAAGAAGGGUCUCAACUCCCGUGUACAUUUUGAGGGACAAUUUUAAAGUUUCGAGUGGUAAGGAUAGAUCAAGUUACACUGUGAUGGCAAGAAAGGAUGAGCAGGCUUCAGGCAAUUCUGGUGCCGUGCAAAUUACUGGAUCAGAACUAUUAGAAGAUGAUGGUGGUGCAUCUGAACAUGUGGAAACUGGAAAGCAGAAAGUUUUACUUUUAAAGGCGAAAGAGAGAGAAGCUUCUAAUGGAUCUAGUGCACAACGAACUGUGACUUCUGAAAUGAAGAACUCAGCUGGCUUGAUAUCUUCCAAGCUAAACUACAGACGUGAGUUUAGUGGAAGUGUUGUCAAAAGUAUACUAUCAAAGAAGGAGGUACGACAACGUCAACAGCAACCUGCACCUGCCAAGGCUGAGCAGCAAAUGCAACCAUCAGAUCUUGGGAAGGAUAAGCGUCCACCUCGGCCUUCUCAUUCAGGUCCAAAGGAUCUUUUUUCCAGCAAGGGAUCAUCUGCUUCUUCAUUAGAGUCUGAUACUAAAAGAUCUUUGAAUGAGAGGACUCCUGCCAGUGAUUCACAUGGCGUUAGGCUUCCAAAUGACAAGCCUGGAAGAAGAAUUAGAAACAAGGAGAGACCCGAUAGGGGAGUCUGGGCUCCUUUCCAUCACCCAGAUGCAGUGCUGAGCUUGACAACUGACGAUUCUCUGACUUUGUCUGGUUUACCUAGACAUCUACCAACUGCAGUUGUUGAUAGCGUGCAUGUACCAAAGCAAGUUGUUCCUAGUAAACAAGGAGUCAAUGGUUUGGAGGCUGAAGAUGGCGUAGAUGCUCACCGAUCUUUCCCCACUGGCAAGCACCGACGCCAAGACAAGGGAAUUCAUAAUGCCCGUUUAGGACAUGGUGCUUCAUCAUCUCCUGACCUUUCACUUGAUCAGUGUGAGACAAAAGUUGAUGCUUCAGGGGCAAACUGGAGUGGAACACCUAGGGUCCAAGAGGCUGGACGUGGUAGCGAUGUGCUUAUGGAGAAUGGUUCUCACAGAUGCAGUCGCCGUGCCGCAAUACAAGGGUCAAAAGAAGCUGAUAAUUUGCCCAAUCCACUUGAUGGAAAGCCUUCAAAGAAAGGUUCUUCUGGAUAUUGGAUGCAUGAGAAGCAAAUAUGGGUCCAGAAAUCUGAAACAGGUUCUUAAUAUUAUAAAAGGAUUAUCAAAGCAAGGGGGUCUAACCUUGCCUUUUCCAAAAUUUCUGGGCUUCUUGUGUCAUAAGCCUGUGAUGGUUUCUGGCACACAAUACAUGGAAUUGCUGUGGCAGAUUGGGGUUCAAGGAAAAUUCCUUUACUGUUAAAUGAAGACAUCCUCUUCAGACGUGAGAAGUUUCGGAUAACAGAUGGCAAAAGGUCUUGUAGAUUGCUUAUAGAAUAUUCGUUAAGCUGGUUACUGGAAUGGGAAUUUGGAUUUGCUCUUGGUCUUUGGUAUUAGGAAAACAUACAAAGAAGUGGUUGUUCCUGCAUGGAGAUUCCAAUGGAAAGUCCCAAUCUAUGCCUUUUGAAGUUUUAAAGAGUUUGUUUUGGGUGCUGUACAGUUCAAAGCAGGUUUAGUUUUUUAUCAUCUUGUUCCAUUCCUAGCAGCCUAACUAUGAUGGAUCUGAGUGGCAUGUUUCCAGUUCAAGUUAACUGUUGCAUAUACUGAAUCAGCAGAUGCCGUGUUUCCCCACCUCGGAUAUGGACAACUUGGAAAGCCUUGUAACAGUGAGAACUUGUUAAGCCAAACAGUAAGUGUUUUGAAUUGCGUUCAGUGUAAAGAGCAGCAGCGCCUUUGCCAGAAGAGUUGGUGCCUGGUCUGUGUAUUAACUUGAUGGCUUGGUUAGCAUUUUGGUGCAGUUUUUUGGGCGCUUCUGGUGUGGCCAAAUGGUAAUUUUCUAGUUAUUGUAAGGUUCUUCAGGUAAUGCUGUAUAUUUUUGUCAGCGGCCUGACAAGGCUUACACUAAGCCGUUUUGAUAUCCGUAUCUAAUCAAAUUUAUUUUACUGUUGUUGAUAA